ACCUCGACGGCCACGCGAUCCUGAGCGUUCACAACAUGUUGGGCGCCACAGUCUUCACAGUGCUCCUGGCCUACGCCUCCAGCUGCGGGGUCCCCAUCUUCCAGCCCAACCUAUCAGCCCGGGUGGUGGGCGGAGAGAACGCCAUUCCCCACAGCUGGCCCUGGCAGAUCUCCCUCCAGUACCUCAAGAACGGCACGUGGAGGCACACCUGCGGUGGCACCUUGAUCACCCCCAGUCACGUCCUCACAGCUGCCCACUGCAUCAGCAAUACCCUGACUUACCGCGUGGCCCUGGGGAAGAACAACCUGGAGGUGGAGAAUGAGGAAGGCUCCCUGUUCAUGGACGUGGACACCAUCUUUGUCCACAAGAAGUGGAACGCCUUCCUAAUUCAAAAUGACAUUGCCCUUAUCAAACUGGCGGAGCCCGUGGAACUGAGUGACACCAUCCAGCUAGCCUGCCUGCCAGAGGAGGGUUCCUUGCUGCCUCAGAACUACCCCUGCUACGUCACUGGCUGGGGCCGUCUCCGGACCAACGGCCCCAUCUCUGACAAGCUGCAGCAGGGCCUGCAGCGCAUAGUGGAUUACGCCACAUGCUCCCAGAGAGACUGGUGGGGCCCCACGGUGAAGAAAACCAUGGUCUGCGCCGGGGGUGAUGGCGUCAUCUCAGCCUGCAACGGGGACUCGGGCGGCCCACUAAACUGCCAGGCCGAGAACGGCUCUUGGGAGGUGCGGGGCAUUGUCAGCUUCGGCUCCGGGCUGGGCUGCAACACCUUCAAGAAGCCGACGGUCUUCACCCGCGUGUCCGCCUACAUCAAGUGGAUCGACGAGGUGGGUGCGCCUCCCCGUCCCCCUCCUCACCACCCGCCCCUCCCCCUCCCCCACCCUUCCUUCACUUAUUCCCCUACGCACUCUUUCACUCACUCCAUUCACUCACUCACUCCUUCAAGAAGUUUUGAUCGAGUGCUUAUUGCAUGCAGCCUUGAGUCAGGGGCAGUGAAGGAAAUGGCCGUUCACUUCCCCACCCUUUCAUCCACUGGCUUCAGCAAAUACCUCUGUCCCAAGCCCAGGCUCCCCACCAGUGCUCCCAAAUGUGAACCGUGGCCCCAGCACAGGAGAGGGGGUGGCAUGGAUGGCCGUCCAUAUUUUGAGGGUGGGGGGACAGAGAGUCACCCUGGGCUGGGGGCUUCCACCCUGGGAGCAGGAGGUGUCCUGCGCUCACCUGCAAAGUGGUCGGAAUUGCCGAGAGGGCCAGACCCCUCGGGCAGAGGCAAGCCUGGCUUGUCAAGGCCCGGGGCUGCCGGCCAUGUUCCUACCCUCCCGUCAGAGCCUCACACCCCCCAGAGUCCCUCACUCUGUUCUCUGCUUCUCCAGAAAUUACAGCUGUGAUUCAUCCCUGGGAGCCAAGGCCGCAAAUCCCGGCAACCACAAUAAACCUCCUUCCUCCUCAA